AUGAAGAAGAGAAUGGCGAAGCCAAAAAUCAAGUCUCAAGGCCUCCGGGCAUGGUACCACAAACUGAUGGACCUUGCAUCGCAUCAUGAUGUUCCUGCUCCAGUCAUGGAACACAUAGCUCAGGUGGCAGUACAACUGCCACAUGUAAAUCCCGCUGACAUGAGUAUCCAUGACACUAGCAGCGCUUUCGGACUGGAGAGGUCAACGGAGGGGUAUCAGCCCUGGCAAUUCCCAAAAGUAGAGAUUGACCUCCUCGAAAACUUUUUGCGUACCCUCGAGACUUUUGAGGCCCUCACUAAACGCGCGAAGCCCACAGAAACCCGGGUGCGCUAUAAACUCGAAGUCUUGAUAAACGUUGUUUAUCAAGCGCUCUCCACACAAAAUCUGCUAGUGAACGGACCCCCCAUAACACUAGCCCAUGAAACAACCGUGAGUUGGGGUCCGAUCACAUACAAAGAAGAGCCACAUAUCUGUGUAGGAAGGGCGGAUUACAGCCUUUACUUUGGAGAAAGAGAUCACAUGGCUUGUCAUGUAGUGAUGAUUGAAGCCAAACAAGUCGGCGGGGAUGGCCAUGGCCAACUUUUGGCAUAUAUGGCUAUGGUACAGGCAAACCGGAAGAAACGUGGGCAGUCGGACUGGACCGUUUAUGGGGUGCUUAGCGACGGGGAGAUCUUCACGUUCUACCACUUGGAUAUGAAUAGCCAAUUUACACUUGCUUUCCUGCAGGUGCAACGUGAGGGGUGGCAAAAAAUUGCCAAUAUGUUCGCUUCCUUCAUCCUUGAAGGAAUGAAAACUUGUGCUUCGCCUAUACGAUCAAGUUUGGCGAGCAAUCCUUCUUCUCAGAACUGUCACCAGCAGCCGCCGCCUAAACUUCCUCCGCUUGAUACUCUUCCAUCAAUUGAAGACAUGAUGGAGAUGGAGAUGGAAUGGUAA